AUGCUGGAAGUGAACCAAGGCUAUUUUUCCGACUUUACGGGCCAGCAAAUGCAGGAUCAUCGCGACUCGUACGGGGGCCCCAACCGCUACUCGACGGGAGACGCCUUCUCUCCUACCGCCGCGAUACCGCCUCCCAUGAUGAACCCGCAGGAUCUCCCUGCAGGCGCUGUCGAGACCAUGAUGCCAUUGGAGCCCCGAGACUUGCCCUUUGACGUCUACGAUCCCCACAACCAGAAUGUCAAAAUGUCAAAGUUUGACAAUAUCGGCGCUGUUCUGCGCCACCGGAGCCGCACACAGCCUAGAACGACUGCUUUCUGGGUCCUCGACUCAAAAGGAAAAGAAACUGCGUCGAUAACCUGGGAAAAGGUGGCUAGCCGUGCAGAGAAGGUGGCAAAAGUAAUCAGGGACAAGAGCAAUCUGUAUCGGGGGGACCGCGUGGCUUUGGUGUACAGAGAUACAGAGAUUAUUGACUUUGUCGUUGCGCUGAUGGGCUGCUUCAUUGCGGGCGUUGUAGCAGUGCCCAUCAACAGCGUCGACGACUAUCAGAAGCUCAUUCUCCUGCUGACGACAACGCAAGCCCAUCUUGCACUGACCACGGACAACAAUCUCAAGGCUUUCCACCGAGACAUUAGUCAAAACCGUCUGAAGUGGCCGAGCGGGGUUGAGUGGUGGAAGACGAACGAGUUUGGCAGCUAUCAUUCCAAGAAGCACGACGAUACCCCGGCCUUGCAAGUACCAGAGGUCGCCUACAUUGAGUUCUCUCGCGCGCCCACCGGUGACCUGCGGGGUGUUGUGCUCAGUCACCGCACCAUUAUGCAUCAAAUGGCCUGCAUCAGCGCCAUGAUUACUACGAUUCCCACCAACAGCCAGAGUCAAGACACGUUCAACAGCAGCCUUCGGGAUGCUUCGGGCAAAUUCGUUGCACCAGCGCCGUCCAGGAACCCCACGGAAGUAAUACUUUCGUACCUUGACCCGCGCGAAAGUGCUGGUCUCAUCCUCAGUGUUUUGUUUGCAGUCUAUGGUGGCCACACUACGGUAUGGUUGGAGACGGCGACCAUGGAGACGCCGGGCUUAUAUGCACAUCUCAUCACCAAGUACAAGUCCAACAUUCUCAUAGCUGAUUAUCCAGGUCUCAAGCGCGCUGCAUACAACUACCAGCAAGACCCAAUGGCUACAAGAAACUUCAAGAAGAAUACAGAACCCAACUUUAGCUCGGUCAAGAUAUGUUUUAUCGAUACGCUUACGGUCGACUGUGAAUUCCACGAGAUUCUGGGAGACCGAUAUUUCCGGCCAUUGCGAAACCCUAGAGCACGGGAAUUGAUUGCACCAAUGCUUUGCUUGCCAGAACAUGGUGGCAUGAUCAUAUCUGUGCGCGACUGGCUGGGCGGAGAGGAACGCAUGGGCUGCACACUCAGCAUAGCACCAGAGGAAGAGGACGAUUCCGAAGGUGAGGACAACCACGCAGCGGCCAAUGGCUAUUCCAGUCUUAUUGGUGGGGGCACUACGAAGAAUACAAAGGAAAAGAAGAAGAAGGGGCCCACGGAGCUCACAGAAAUCUUGCUGGACAAGGAGGCGUUGAAGAUGAACGAGGUCGCCGUUCUGGCAAUUGGCGAGGAUGCAAGUAAACGCGCAAAUGAGCCUGGCACUAUGCGUGUCGGCGCCUUUGGAUACCCAAUACCAGAUGCAACGCUAGCCAUUGUAGACCCGGAGACCAAUCUGUUGUGUUCACCAUACUCGAUUGGUGAGAUUUGGGUCGACUCGCCUUCGUUAUCGGGUGGCUUCUGGCAGUUGCAGAAGCAUACCGAGACCAUCUUCCAUGCCCGUCCGUACCGCUUUGUCGAGGGCAGCCCUACGCCGCAACUGCUCGAACUCGAAUUUCUCCGUACUGGGCUCUUGGGCUGUGUUGUAGAAGGAAAGAUAUUUGUACUCGGACUGUAUGAAGAUCGCAUCAGACAGCGUGUUGAAUGGGUCGAGAAUGGCCAGCUAGAGGCUGAACAUCGAUACUUUUUCGUGCAGCAUCUAGUUACGAGCAUCAUGAAAGCUGUGCCGAAGAUUUACGAUUGCUCAUCGUUUGAUUCUUACGUCAAUGGUGAAUACCUCCCGAUUAUCCUUAUUGAGACGCAGGCUGCAUCAACGGCUCCAACAAACCCCGGUGGGCCGCCCCAGCAGUUGGAUAUACCCUUCUUAGACUCGCUGUCUGAGAGAUGCAUGGAGGUCCUCUAUCAAGAACACCAUCUACGGGUAUACUGCGUCAUGAUCACGGCACCAAACACCCUUCCACGAGUCAUCAAGAACGGCCGACGAGAGAUUGGAAAUAUGCUCUGCAGGAGGGAGUUUGACAACGGCUCGUUACCCUGCGUCCACGUCAAGUUCGGUGUCGAGAGAUCGGUACAGAAUAUCGCGCUCGGUGACGACCCCGCUGGCGGCAUGUGGUCAUUCGACGCAUCCAUGGCACGUCAGCAACUCUUGAUGCUCCAGGACAAGCAAUACUCUGGCGUCGACCACCGAGAGGUUGUUAUCGAUGAUAGGACGUCGACUCCACUCAACCAGUUCUCAAACAUCCACGAUCUCAUGCAAUGGCGCGUGUCACGGCAGGCCGAGGAGCUUUCGUACUGCACAGUCGACGGCCGAGGCAAAGAGGGCAAAGGUGUCAACUGGAAGAAGUUUGACCAAAAGGUUGCUGGUGUAGCAAUGUACCUGAAGAACAAGGUCAAGGUCCAGGCCGGUGACCAUCUGCUUCUGAUGUACACGCACUCGGAAGACUUUGUUUAUGCAGUCCACGCGUGUUUUGUGCUUGGAGCUGUUUGUAUACCAAUGGCACCUAUCGAUCAGAACCGUUUGAAUGAGGAUGCGCCGGCAUUGCUGCACAUCCUCGCCGACUUCAAGGUCAAAGCUAUUCUCGUCAACGCUGAUGUGGAUCAUCUUAUGAAGGUCAAGCAAGUAUCGCAACACAUUAAGCAAUCGGCCGCCAUCCUCAAAAUCAACGUACCAAACACAUACAGCACCACCAAACCGCCAAAGCAGUCAAGUGGCUGCCGCGACCUCAAGCUCACGAUACGGCCCGCGUGGAUACAACCCGGCUACCCGGUGCUAGUCUGGACGUACUGGACGCCCGACCAACGGCGUAUUGCCGUACAGCUAGGCCACAGUCAAAUCAUGGCAUUGUGCAAGGUCCAGAAAGAGACGUGCCAGAUGACCAGUACACGGCCUAUACUAGGAUGUGUCCGAAGUACCAUCGGGCUUGGUUUUAUUCAUACUUGUCUCAUGGGUAUUUUCCUGGCUGCUCCGACGUACCUGGUGUCACCCGUCGAUUUUGCGCAGAACCCAAACAUCCUCUUCCAAACGCUGUCGCGGUACAAGAUCAAGGAUGCGUAUGCGACCAGUCAAAUGCUGGACCACGCCAUCGCGCGUGGAGCCGGUAAGAGCAUGGCUCUGCAUGAGCUGAAGAAUCUCAUGAUUGCGACUGACGGAAGACCACGCGUUGACAUUUACCAAAGAGUGCGGGUUCACUUUUCGCCAGCAAGCUUGGACCGCACCGCCAUCAACACCGUCUACUCACACGUGCUGAACCCAAUGGUAGCAUCGCGAUCGUACAUGUGCAUCGAGCCAAUAGAACUUCAUCUCGAUACUCACGCUCUGCGACGCGGUCUCGUCAUGCCCGUCGAUCCUGACACGGAGCCUGGGGCGUUGCUCGUCCAGGACUCGGGCAUGGUUCCAGUCAGCACACAGAUAUCCAUUGUCAAUCCGGAAACCAACCAACUCUGCUUGGUUGGCGAGUACGGCGAGAUUUGGGUGCAGUCGGAAGCGAAUGCUUACAGCUUUUACGGAUCAAAAGACCGAUUGGAUGCCGAGCGCUUUAACGGUAGGACGAUCGAUGGCGAUCCUAAUGUGCGCUAUGUUCGCACUGGAGAUUUGGGCUUUUUGCAUAGUGUGACACGGCCGAUUGGACCCAACGGUGCCCCUGUUGAUAUGCAGGUACUUUUUGUUCUCGGGAGCAUCGGUGACACGUUUGAAGUCAACGGGCUGAACCACUUCUCGAUGGACAUUGAGCAGUCGGUAGAACGCUGUCACCGAAACAUUGUCCCUGGUGGCUGUGCCGUCUUCCAGGCAGGUGGACUCGUCGUGGUUGUGGUUGAGAUCUUCCGACGCAAUUUCCUCGCCAGCAUGGUGCCUGUGAUUGUCAAUGCUAUUUUAAACGAGCACCAGCUUGUGAUUGACAUUGUGUCUUUUGUACAAAAAGGCGACUUCCACAGGUCCCGCUUGGGCGAGAAGCAGCGCGGCAAGAUUCUGGCGGGUUGGGUGACGAGGAAGAUGCGCACAAUCGCCCAGUAUAGCAUCCGGGAUCCAAACGGACAGGAUGCGCAGAUGAUUAGUGAAGAGCCCGCCCCGCGGGCAAGCAUGAGUGGAAGCAUGCUGGGUAUGGGCCGCACAGGUGCAUCCAGCGUAAAAGCUGCAUCCACACGCGCGCCCAGUCUACUCGGCAUGACGGCUACGAUGAAUAGCUUGUCGCUUGCACAGCAGCAGCAAUACCAAAACUCUGCGAACAUGCCACCUGGUCAACAAUACGCUGGCUCACAGCAGCAGCUUAGCAUUCCCGAGAACAUGCCAUCAGGCCACAAUCAAGGCGUCGAGCUCCACGACCCAAGUGAUCGCACUCCGACAGACAACCGGCGGUCGUUCCUCCCGGACCUGCGCAUCCAGAAUCCAGGCGAGCUCGACUACUCGCCCAUUGACCGCGCUGGACCUUUCAACACAGGCGAGUCGGGCGCACACGAGCCCAUGAAUUAUCAAAACGCAUAUCAUCCACAUCAGCAACAGUACCAUUCUAGCAGUGACAGUGGGCUAGGCGGGCCGUUGCCCGAUGUCCUCCGGCCUGGGCCCGGCGGCGACGAGGCCAGCAGAAGCGGGACGUGGAACAGCCGUGACUUUUACGGCGAGGAACCAGGACAGCAGGGCAAUUACGAGCAGCAGCACUCAUGGACAAUGGACAGUCAUCACAGCCAGGGUUACGGCCAUACAGGCUACGAUGACGAGAUGAGUCGAUAUGCUAGUAACGGGUCGUAUGAUGGCAGGGGAGGCGGUGGCGGUGGCGGUGGUGGUGGUGGCGGCGGCGGUCUCCGAGUCGCCAAUCGCGACAGCACCGAAAGCGAGAGCGCUGACGAAUCCUGGAGACAAGAUAUUCUUGCUCAAAUGAGCUUUGCAGGGGGACCAUCCCCAGCUGGUGCUGCCGGUGGUGCUGGUGCUGGUAGUAGUACUGCAGGCCAAGCAAAGUAA